GCUAUUUGCAUGUCAUGAGGUCUAAGGGAAACAAACUGACCCUCAGCCUUCCUCCACCCAGCCAAAUUCUGAUGGGACCCUCAAAUAGCUCUGGCAAACUCUUCUGUUUCUUUUGGACUUGAUGAAUGCUUGUUUCUGUGAAGACGUGUAAUUAUUUCUUCCUUUAUUUUGCUGCACAAGUUACCAAGAGAAGCAGCUCAAAACCCAAUCUCUCAAAUUUUAGGAUUACAAGUUUGGUUGGAAUUUGAAGGGAAAGAGAAGUGUUGAAAGAAUAUACCACUGUACUGAAAUUGUGCUGGAAACGCGUGUCUAUGUUGCAGAACUGGAAAAAUCCUGUGGAGAACCCUGCCAGAAUGACCAGCAGUCACACAGAUUGUCAUUACUGCCUGCAGUCUCUUUGUGGAAGGAAGUAUGCAUUAAGAGAAGAAAACGCUUAUUGUGUUUCAUGUUAUGACAGCCUGUUUGCCAGCCCCUGUGAAGAGUGCAAGCAACCUAUUGAGUGUGAUUCCAAGGAUCUGGCCUACAAAGGCCGCCACUGGCAUGAGCGGUGCUUCAAGUGUGUCAAAUGCAGUCGUUCGCUGGUGGAGAAACCAUUUGCUGCCAAAGACGAGGUCUUGCUGUGUACUGAAUGCUACUCCAAUGAGUAUUCAUCUAAGUGUUUCCACUGCCAGAAGACCAUUAUGCCUGGUUCCCGUAAAAUGGAAUUUAAGGGAAGUUCCUGGCAUGAAUCCUGUUUUGUUUGCCAGUAUUGCCGGCAACCGUUGGGAACAAAACCAUUGAUCACCAAAGACAAUGAGAACUACUGUGUGCCCUGUUUUGAGAAGCAAUUUGCUCACCACUGCUACUUUUGCAAAAAGGUAAUAACUUCUGGGGGAGUGACCUACCAUGACCAGCCUUGGCAUAAAGAAUGCUUUGUAUGUGCUGGGUGUAAAACACAACUGUCUGGACAAAGGUUUAUUUCCAAAGACGAGUAUCCAUACUGUGUAGACUGUUUCAGCAAACUGUAUGCUAAGAAGUGUGCUGCUUGCAAGAAACCUGUUACAGUUCUUGGAAGUGCCAAAUUUAUCUCAUUUGAAGAGCGCCAGUGGCAUGGGGAAUGCUUCAACUGUGCGAAAUGCUCUGUCUCGCUGGUGGGCCGGGGAUUCCUCACUCAGCAGGAUGAUGUCCUUUGCCAUGAAUGUGGCUCUGCUUCAUAGUUCUGUGAAGAGCUGUACAGCUGCAUUAUUCUCAUUUUGUAACAAUGUACUCUGCAGUAAGAAAACCAUAUAAGAGGUAUAACAGUUAUUUAGUCAUAGAAUCAUAGAAUAGUUAGGGUUGGAAAGGACCUUAAGAUCAUCUAGUUCCAAGCCCCUGCCAUGGGCAGGGACACCUCACACUA